ACGAUAUGUAUCCUCUGCUGCUCGAUUCUGCUCCCUCUGACCGGCAGCUGAUCGGUAGGUUUACCUCUAUGAACCACCGCGAUGGUGCCCCGGCGCAAGCCACCGUGGCCGGCAGCAAGUCGGUUCCUGGCGCGUAUAUGCCCGAUUCCCGCGUCUGCGCUAGCUUCUCCCCAGCAUUCAGGGCAGGUGUCAUGCGGGUCCCGAUUGUGGGUGUGUUUAUAAAGGAGGGGAUCUAGCAGGGCAGAUUGGGAGCUCCAGCAGGCACCAUGAGCGGCGAAAAGGAAAGCAGAGGUGCAGCAGCCGGCUUCUAUACGUGCCACGAACAGCCCGAGGAGAGGGCCUUGACCGUUAAAGGGACGAUUCCCAGCUACGUCGACGGCGUCCUCUAUCGCACGGGCCCCGGCCGCUUCGAGGUAGACAAGCGGGCCAUCUCGCACUGGUUCGACGGAAAGGGCCUCAACCACCGCUUUUCUAUUUCGGCCAAGGACCAGACGGUCAAGUACCGCUCGCGCGAGUCGUGUGCAGUUCAGAUUGAAAAGGAACGCAAGCUUGGGCGCUCGUCGGCGGUGACGUUUGCGCAGCCGCCGGACCCGUGCCAGCGCCUCUUUUCAAAAUUCUUUGUCGCCUUCAAGACGGCCCUCGAGACGGGCAGCAAGCGGGAGCCGAGCGACGUCAACGUCAAUGUCGUCCUCAACACCGGCAGCAAGAGUCUUACAGCCCAGACCGACGCCAAUCUGCUCCAACGCCUGGAUCCGGUCACGCUGGAGCCGCUAGAGGCAACAACGUACGCGUCGAUGCUGCCCGAGCUCAACGGGCCCCUCUCGGCGGCCCACGGAGCGACGAUGGAUGGCACGACGUACAAUUACGUGCUGGCGCUGGGUCCCCGGCCAAAGUACACGCUGUUCCACUUUGCGUCGGACGAUGCGAGGGGCGCCCGCGUCCUUGCGACGAUAACCGAUGCGCCGCCGGCCUACCUCCACUCGCUCGCGGCGACGGCCAAGCACGUGGUGCUGACCAUCUGGCAGGCCGACUACAAGCAUUACGGGCUCGACAUUCUGUGGCAGGGCAACUGCCUCGACGGGCUGGGCAAGUGGGACCCGAAGCGGCGAACGCUGCACUACGUCUUUGACCGCGCCACGGGCCAGCGGGUGGCGCGCGUGCAGUCCGACGCCUUUUUCGCCUUCCACCACAUCAACGCCUUUGACGACGACGAGGGCAGCAGCAUCGUGCUCGACUUGGCCACGUAUGCCGACACCGAGGUGCUGAACACGCUGCGUGUGGCCAAUAUGCGCGCGUUUGACGCAGCGACGGCGCCCGAGCCGCGCUACACGCGCGUGCGCCUGCCUCUCAAGGGUGGUCAUAUUAACGAGGCCACAGUAAGCGUGACGGCCAUCAACAUCGAGCUGCCGUGCGUGCACCCGGCGCAUCAGUGGCGCGCAGCGCGGUACGCCUAUGGGGUCCACCGCACCGAUGCACCCGCGUCGCGCACCAUGUUUGUCGACGCAAUCGUCCGGCUCGACAUGGAGACGCGCGAGACGCGCGUGUGGCGCCAGGAAGGGCAGGUGCCCGGCGAGCCCAUCUUUGUGCCGGGACCGAGCGGGCGCGAAGACGACGGCGCGCUCCUCACCGUCGUGCUCGACGUGGCGUCGCAGUCAAGCCGGCUCGUCAUUCUCGAUGCCGCGUCGCUCGAGCCCGUCGCGAGCGCCGACCUGGCCACCGUGUUCCCCAAUGGCUUCCACGGCGUGUUCCAGUCGUGAUCUUCCUCCCUUCUUCUGUCCUUGUAUCUCCUUGUAUCUUCUUCUCUCAUCUUCUUAUUUCAGCAUCUUCUCUCAGCACAUUCACUUAGGUUUUCCCGUCUUGACUCCUCUCCUUGUCCCUUGAACACCCCCUCUCAGUCUCUCAGCUCAGUCCAAACGAAAAUGACGAAUCUAUGAGAAUACAAUGGAGCGCGUGC